AAUUUUCAACUUCUGUAAGGUUUGGAGGUUAGGAAGUGCCUGUCCAAUGAACAUCAUGACUACAGAAGAAUCAACAGACCAACCAGACUUGAUUUGUGUGGAAGAGAGUUUAAUGAGUCUAGAAAAGCUGGAUCGAGCUUCACCAGACCUGUGGCCUGAACAAAUUCCAGGUGUAAAUGAGUUUGUUGCUCAAAACUCACCUCAAACGGAGCCAUCUUCCUGGGCUGCUGGUCUCACACCGGAUGACAUCAAUCAAUUACAUCAACUGGGAAACUUGUCAAUGAAUGGUUUAAUAUCUGAAGUAAAAAAACUACAUGAUAUGGCCUACCAGUUAGGAUUGGAAGAAGCCAAAGAAAUGACACGUGGGAAAUACUUAAACAUUUUUAAACAUAAAUCAUGAAAUUCCGCAUUUAAAAAAUAAUUUAACUCUCUUAAGAUCCAGCAUAUAUGUAUAUCUGUACAUACAUGAAGACUGAUGGGAUGUUGAUGCCAUUACAAUUGAAGGCAUACAAUAAAGAAAAUAAUUAUAUAUAUAUACAUAUAUAAUAUUUAUAAUGUAUAUAAAUAAUUAUAUGUAUAUAC